AUGCCUCAGUCUCCACGUAUUUCGUCCUCGAUCCGUAUGAAGAAAACAGUUGUACCAAACACCGGCCCCAAAGGCGGUGCUGUGCACCUAGUUCCAGAAGCUGUGGAGGCGAAUUUUCCAAUGGUUCUGAGGGUAACCGGUUCGGCGCCUUUUAAUCCAGUGAUCAAUCCAGCGAUGUUGCAAGUUGAUCGACUCUUUCUGGGAGUCGCCACGGAACCUUCGCGAACUAUGUUACAUGAGAUCUACGUAAAGGCACCACCAGUUUAUCAAAGCUUUUUCGAGCUUCCGGCAUCUCAUCGUCAAACUCGUCAAAGACUUUACGCGACAACUGCGUACUUAUUGAGACUCGACGGAAUUAAGGAGUCAACCAAUACCAAUUCAAUACCAAUGGCAACACACUUGAUCGACUUCGCGCACAUCAAUCACAUCGAUCGCUUGCAUUUUCCUUCAAACGCAAACCUCUUUCAGUGCACUCAACAUUAUCGGAUAUAG